UCUCUGCAGUGCUUUUAUUACGUAGCAGCUCUGGGAGCAAUGUAUCCACAGACUGUACAUUAGAACAUCUCAGUUUGUCUCGUCCUUCUCAACAUGAAGACUAAAAUGAAAGGCAGGUGGUUGAACGUGUAACCGGUAGGAGGUGCCGUGGACCCCUCAGGUCGCUAAAUUCGUAUUUGGACAGGACAUCCGCAUUCCUCAACCGCCAGUGCCCCGCAGGGCCGAGAGCACAGCGCCGCACGCACAUCGAGGACAUCGACAUCUCUCGGGAGCAGAGCCUGGUCUGAUCGAUGGGAUAGACGACCUAGAAGCCGAGCAGUCACACUGGGUCCAACUUUGGUGUAUGUUUGGAGGACCAUGAACCACUUGAAGUUGGACUAACAGGAGUGAAGCAAAGCAAGAUGGCGGUCUUCAAGCCUGAAAAUGUCGAAGACUUCUAUGAGAUCGGGGAAGUUCUGGGAAGUGGGCACUUUGGUCAGGUUCGACAGGUUCGGGAGCGGGCUACUGGGACUUGUUGGGCAGGCAAAUUCCUGAAGAUUCGGAAGAACACGUGCAGCCGCCUGGGCCUGGACCGGAGCUCUGUGGAGAAGGAGGUGGAGAUCCUCCAGGCUGUACAACAUUCAAACAUUGUGACUCUCAAAGACGUUUUUGAGAGCCGAGCCGAGGUGGUGCUCGUUCUGGAGCUUGUUAGUGGAGGGGAGUUGUUUGACUUCAUUGCUGAGAAGGAGAACCUGCUGGAGAGUGAGGCCAUUGAGUUCAUGAAACAGAUCCUGGAGGGACUGGGCUUUAUGCACAGCAAGAACAUCGGCCACUUUGACCUCAAGCCAGAGAACAUCAUGCUGUCAGACAAAGUGGCUGCUCAGCCCAACAUCAAACUCAUCGACUUUGGCCUGGCCCACCAUUUUCAUCAAGGGGAGGAGUACAAAAGCACGAGUGGCACCCCACAGUACAUUGCCCCUGAGGUAAUCAACAGUGAACCUCUGAGCACAGCAGCAGAUAUGUGGAGCGUCGCAGUUAUUACCUACAUACUAUUGAGCGGUUUGUCGCCAUUCCAAGGUGAGACUGAUGAGGAGACUCUGACGAACAUCAGUGUCAUGAACUACGCGUUCCCUGUACAGUAUUUCAGCAUGACCAGCUCCAUGGCCAAAGACUUCAUCCAGAAACUUCUGGUCAAAAUCCCCAGUGAAAGAAUGACAGCUGAGGAUUGUCUGCUUCAUCCAUGGAUUAAGCCCGUCACACGCAAACAGGUGGCCAAUAGGAAUCGAUCCUCAAUCAAUAUGAAGAACUUUAAGAAGUUCAACGCCAGAAGAAAAUGGAAGAUGUCCUAUAACAUGGUGUGGAUGUGUAACCGGCUGGUCCGGUUGAAACUGCUGCGGAAGGGCAGUUCAGAUCCAGAUCCUCUACAGAGACAAUGUGAAAGCGACGUAGAGGACACAGAAAGCAAGCCUGCCUCUCUGCUGCGUCGAAGACUCAGCAGCAGUUCAUAGAGCUGAGCAGAGAAAAGCAGAAGAUUCCAGGAUGUUCAGCAGGAGGGGAGCAUCGCUGAAGGGAAAUGUUCAAGUGAAACAGACGUCUACUGUCCCAGAAGUGCUUAGGAUGGUAGUGAGCACUGCCUCAUCUGACGCACAUUUCUUCAUGAAAGACCUUCAGUGGACUGCUCUCAGCUCAUUGUCACUGAGGAUACAUGCCUUUAAUGUAGCUUUUUGGGAAGUGUACAAUGUAUUUGCGUGGUUGCUGAUUUUGGGAAAUUCUUUGAUAACAAAAUGUGCAUUUUCUAUGCACAUUGUGUUAUCAAAGAGAAUAAAAAAUUGUUUAAGAUGUCCUGCGAUAAUACUAAUGGUAAAGAACACAAGGAACAGUAAAAAACCUAGCAACAAAAUAUAAUAGAGCCACUGUUGUCCAUCAGUAUGUAGUCAAUGUACACAAACUGUUACCAAAUCUUCUUCUCUACCACAAGUCCUGCCUCCUUCUUUUGCUAUCGUGAGAGAGGCUGUAGCUUCAACCGGUUGUAAGAAGUGCCAAAGCUCCGUCAACUAGAUGGGCAUGAAGGCUCAGUGAGGAAGACACCGUCCACCUGUUCUGUGCACCAAAAUACGGGACAGAUUCUGUCUCGUUUUGAUUCAGUAAAGGACAGUGCAUUCGAUUUUUCAAUAUGGGACAAUCCCGUAUUUUAAGCCGAUAAGCUUCUAUAGCCUGUCGUUAUUUUGACUUGUAAAAAGUUUGGACUAAAGUGUGGGGUCUUUCCUUUUCUCUCUGUCCCCCUCGCUUAUAAACACCUUAGUUCUGUUUGGGACUGUCCUUCUAGUCCAGGAUGCCUCCCUCUGAAAAGCUGAGGGAAGCAGCUGUGAGCUGCACUUUAUCGGAGGCGGUCAAAUGAACAUUUGUGUGGACAAUAAACCACACAGUGGUGAGAGUUAUUUUUGGUCACAUUUGUCUUCUGUUUUUGUUAUUCUGUUUGUUUACGGCCUCCCAUGAAAAGCAGCGUGCAGUUGCUUCUCGAAACUUUGUCUCAUUCAGAGUCCCAAACAGGAUUCUGUGUCCGUCAGAUGGCUGAAGGGGAUUCUACCAUAUCAGCUGACUAUUGGACAGGUAGAAUUUUGCUUUAAAUAAUAUGACUUCAUCUUAUUACGUUAUAACUUUAUUUUUGUAAUAUGACUUAUUUUCUCAAAAUAAUACUUCUCCAAGAACAGAGAUUUGUGGAAAAUGUUUUGAAUGUGCAGUAAGGUUUGAACACGAGCUGAAACUCUGUGGCUGAUUCCAAGCUCAAAGUAGGAACUGUGGAACUCAAAUCCACUGAUCAUUUUUCACACUGGAGAAGAUGCAAUAUUUGAAUGAGUACUUACAACAAUAUGUCUUGUUUGAUGUCUUGUACUCAUGUAUUAUAUUACUUGUCUUUUGAUGUAUCAUUUUAAAAUGGCACCAUCAUACAUGUGUUGUAAGAAGUUCACCACGUACACAUAUUAUCUUUUUUAUUGUCAUCUGUCAUCUCAUCCAAGACUUAAACAAGUAUAACCCAUGUUA